AUGUCAACUAGUGACGUGGAGUACGACAAGGAGUUCUCCCCUCGCCAGCGACACCACAAAGAGUUCAAGUUCAACUUAUCCCAGAUUCCUGAGGGUGAGGCGGUGACGGCUGCAGAAUUCCGCAUCUACAAGGACUGUGUUGUGGGGAGUUUUAAAAACCAAACUUUUCUUAUCAGCAUUUAUCAAGUCUUACAGGAGCAUCAGCACAGGGACUCUGACCUGUUUUUGUUGGAUACCCGUGUGGUGUGGGCCUCAGAAGAAGGCUGGUUGGAAUUUGACAUCACGGCCACGAGCAAUCUGUGGGUUGUGACCCCACAGCAUAACAUGGGAAUUCAGUUGAGUGUAGUGACACGGGAUGGACUCCACAUCAACCCACGAGCUGCAGGCCUGGUGGGCAGAGAUGGCCCUUACGACAAGCAGCCCUUCAUGGUGGCCUUCUUCAAAGUGAGUGAGGUCCAUGUGCGCACCACCAGGUCAGCCUCUGGUCGGCGCCGCCAGCAGAGUCGCAAUCGUUCCACCCAGUCCCAGGACGUGUCUCGGGUAAGUGUGGUCUCUGACUCCAACAUCAGCGAGUUAAAAACAGCCUGCAGGAAGCACGAGCUUUAUGUGAGCUUCCAGGACCUGGGAUGGCAGGACUGGAUCAUCGCACCCAAGGGCUAUGCUGCCAAUUACUGUGAUGGAGAAUGCUCCUUCCCGCUCAAUGCACACAUGAACGCAACCAACCAUGCAAUCGUACAGACCUUGGUUCACCUAAUGAAUCCUGAGUACGUCCCCAAACCGUGCUGUGCGCCAACCAAACUAAAUGCCAUCUCAGUUCUUUAUUUUGAUGACAACUCCAACGUCAUCUUGAAAAAAUACAGGAAUAUGGUUGUAAGAGCUUGUGGAUGUCACUAACUGGAAGCCAGUUGCUGGGGACACAAAUUCUGCCUUGGAUGCCUAGAUUACAUCUGCCUUAAACACAGCGGCACAGUGGGAGUGGGGUGAUAAGACGCUGAAAUCAUCUCAUGCUGGUGCCUUACUUCCCAAGGAAGAUUGGAAAGGACCUUGUUUAAUAAUUUGCUCACUUCAUAGAUAACGUGAGUAGUUGCUGGUCUGUAGGAAGCCAGUUGGAAUGUUUGCAGUAUGAGGUCUGGUAACUGCAGAAACAUAACUUUGAAGGAUCCCAUCCUCCCCUACCACCAAAAAUACCCCCACCAAAGUGUUUUAGCUUU